AUGGUAUCGCCUUCUAAAAAUCACAAUCAGAAACAAAAAUCCCUGGCGCAAGAUAAUAAAAUAACCCGGCCUUCACAUGUUCGUUUGCAACGAGGUGAUAAGCCAUUGGGGAAGAAUAAAUUUUAUCUUGACAUCAAAAAUCAUUCAUUAUCAAGCAGGCUUGAGGCCAGAAUAAAAGAUCUCGGAGGUAGAGUUGAAUUAUUUUUAGACGCGAGGGUGACGGUGGUUGUCAGCGAUCGAGCGGACAAAUUUCAACAACAGUCAGCAGUAGUAGCAGCCACAGCAAGUUCGGAUAAAAAAAAAUGUGGCUACACCAGCGGUGGGAGCGCGGGACCUCCCUCGCUGAAGAGUGUAGAGGUCCCUUCGUCAACUUGGACGCCUCCAACACCGUCCUACAACGGUGAAUGUCCAUUGUCUAAUUCAACUAAUACACGGGGUCUCACUACCCAGAGAAUUAAAUCGCGAGUGGAUGCAAUGUUGGAACGUGCUCUGACACAACCACAACAGUGUUCAGUAGAUCCGCUCGAUACCGCCUUCAAUUGGGGUAUACCUAUCUGGACUACCGACAGGUUACAAGGUUAUCUAGAUAAAGUAUAUGCCACUUUAAGUAACAUAAAUACACUUAAAAAUCUUAAUCGUAUAAAAUCUGAGAAGGAUCUUAAAGUUAAGGAACUUAAAAAACCUUAUAUUAAAUUUGAAUCCUCUAAAAGAGACACGAGGCCUGUCUUCCUCGAAUUACCAGUUUGGCCGACCUUAAAUUUUGACGGUGAACCAGGUACUUGUCCAUUUGACAAACCACGAAAGAUUAAAGAGGAAGAAAAGAAAAAUAAUAUAAUAAAUAAGAAGAAAGAAAUGACUCGUAAGCCGCGAGCUAAUACCGCAACACGUGCUCGAAGAUCGGAACAGUUAGUCGGUGGUUUUUGUGAAAUUUGCCGGUGCGACUACAAGGAUCUUACAAAGCAUGUGCAGAGUGAUAAACAUCUUACAUUUGUUCGUAAUGAUGAUAAUUUUUUAUCACUCGAUUCAUUGAUAAAUGCUGGGGCUAAUGUUGAGGCUUUUUUAAAGCUUAAUCAAUCAGAUGACGUUGAAAAAAAUUUGUAUACGAAUGGGAACGACAAUCUUCACAACGUAAUAAGAAACGAGGGAGUUAAUCAAACCGACAAGUCUGAUUUAGCGGAUUAUGGAGUAGAUGGAUUGAAGAUGGUACAGUGUAAUGGGGCGCGACGUAAGCUCAAUCUAAAUUUAAGUUCACCUCAUAAUUUACGUGCUCGUGCAAAACAUGAGAGCGGACAUUUACUCCGUUCAAAAGGUAGUCCGUGGCAUGAAGUUGAUAAGAGUGAAAAAUUAUUCGACAAACUUGAACGCUAUACUAUUAAAAAACGUUCCAAAGGUACUAUUUGGAUUGAAGAAGAUGACUCGCCGGAUAAGUGUGAUGACGAUAGUGAGGAUCCUUUGAAAGAUGAAAAAUUAACAACAGCGGCUACGGUUGUUGAAAAAAGUCCGCUGAGUGAACUUAAUGAUGUGAGGGUUAAAAAUAAAGAUAGUCGCGAUCAAUCGUCGAAAAAAAAUCAACAAUUGUCAUCAUCGCGGGGUGAUGACCGUCGUAAUAAAAAAGGUAUUUUGUGUCCUGAUAGAAGUAUUAGUGAGAAUAAUGCUAAAGACAAUAAUAACUCUAAUGAUGUUUUAUUAAAUCAAAAAAAAGAGUGUCCAGUUAGAAUAAUAACAAAUAAUGAUAGUAAUAAAAAAUCACCAGGUAAAGAUUUUUGUGCCAAUGGUUCUUCGGUUAAACCGAUUGUUUUGGCACAAAAGCCAGACAAUCUUGUUCAGACUUUAGAUACUAGGUGCAGUGCUGAUAAUAAUAAAACUAAUCAGUCAACGACUGUCGAUAAUAAUAUUAAUAUUGAUGCGAAUGAUAAAUCCGUAAAAAGUACAAAAAUUUGUCCAUCUGAAGAUAAUGAUGAUAGUAAGGAAGAGACAAAUAAAACAAAGUGUAAUCGAGUCAAUAAUAGUGCUAGGAGAAUCGCGGUAAGAUCGUCCCGUGGCCGCCGAAGGCAAUCCGUUGAAGAACGUUUGAUAAAAGACAAUCGUGCAUUUUACAAAGUCGAAGUUAUAGGUAAUAAGUUAAGAUCCAAUACCGCUCAUUUGAAUAGCAAUAUAAAUGAUCAGAGUACGCCGGUAGUGAAAGAGGUGGAAAAAGAAAAAGAAAAAGAAAAAGAAAAAGAAAAAGAAAAAGAGAUUAAGAAAGACGAGGGUCCAUCAAGUGAGAAGCCAGUUGUCGUUAGGUUUAAACGUGUGAGAAAGUCCGAGUUGUCACUGUUGAGUGAUGAAGCGGAGUCAUUUAUGUUUGGUGAUUCAAAACGUGAUUCUAGUGACUGGAAUAAUGAUUCACGUGGUAAUAGUAGUAGUAGUGUUCUUCCUAAAGACACUGAGUCCAGUGAAGGUGAUAAUAAACCAUCUUCGUCAUCUAUUAUAUCAUCAUCACCGGUAACUACCGUCGAGCUGCCGGAUAAUUCACCGGUCAAAGAAGAACCUCCUGCUGACGAUGAUUCACAGGACUCAAGUAAUGUGGGUCGUGCUAAAAAGAGGCGACGUACGCAAGCAGAAGCAUUAAUAAAAGAUAAUUCCGAGUACUAUAAAUUCGAAACACCUGUUUGUCGGCUGAGAUUUCAAAAUGGUCCGACUUGUAUUAUUAAACCAGUAGAUAAUCCUCCGGAAGAAAAUAAAUGUGAGCAAGUUACGCUGAAAAAUGAACAAACAACGAUUAUUGUUUCGGAAGUAAAUGCUGAAGGUUUACAAGUGACAAUACCUACUGAAGAAAAACUUUAUCCGUCCAAGCCGUCAGCUGAGAUUGAAAAAAUGCGCUUUUCAUUUGAGUCUAUUCCGAAAUCCGAGCCUUGGUAUCAGACAUAUCAGCGUCAAGAUCUCGGGGCUGAAUUCUGGCAUUCGUUUAGUGAACCUGAUUCAAAUAAGCCAUUUUUGUUACCGUAUGAGAUUGAAAAUUUUCAUGAAAAUCUCUUGAAGUUGUGUCAGAAAACAGAAUCCCGUAAACGAGCACGCAAUCAGGGUCCACAUGGCCUUGGACGAUCGCCCAGAAAAAGUCCGAGAUGUCAUGCCUCUACUUUGGCUAUUAUGUCGACAAUUAUUCGCAAAAGAGAGCAGCAACAGCAAAUUCAACAAGAAAAACAACAACAGCAGCUACAACCACAGCCUACGAAUCUCAGUGGUUCGGAAGAUGCCCGAGUUGAUGUAAAUAAUGUUAAAUCUGAUCCAAAAUCUAGUACUGACUUUGAGCUUAAAGAAAUAGUUAAGAGUAUAGACGACAUGCUGAAUGCAGAUAUACCUUUUGACGAUUCAUUCGAGCCAGAUUUGGGUACUAUCAGUGAAGGAGAAGAAGACAUGAAUGAAAAUCAAGACCUACAACAAAUUUUGAGUCAUCAGUCAAUCAUACCAUCGGAAGCAUCCGGCCCACCACCAAAUUUACUUGAAUUGCUUAAUAAUUGUCCUCAGCAGGUUAAUGUUUUUGACAAUUCAUCGUGUGCAAGCUCAGAGUGCGGCGAAGUUGUUGUUGAAUCUCCGUUGAAACGUCGCAAGAGAAGAAAAAAUAGAACAGGCUGGCCUGGAAUAAAAGCGAGGAAAAAAUUGCAGUGUAAGCAACAACCGACACCGGAUGUUGACUCUGAGCGUGAAAACGUACCGGCUAAAAGUACUCAUACUCGCAAUCCAAAUGAGAACGAGAAUGAAAACGAAAAUGAAGAUGAGGAGGAAGAGGAAGAAGAAGAUGAGGAUGAGGACGAAGAAGAAGAGGGUACAGAAAGUAGAUUAAAUCAACAAAAAAUAAUUGAAAGACUGCAAGCACCGGGAACUGAAUCUGCAGACUUAUCGUCUCAUGAUUCAAAUAUUUCCCAGCCAACCAAGGAUAAAAAUUUAACUGAGUUAAAUGAAUCAUUAUUGAGUCAGCCCAGUGAAUUAGAUAAUAAUAAUAAAAAUCCUGAUGAAGAUAAUAGCAAUGAAUUGGUGAGAAAAUGUAAUAAAGAAAAAAAUGAUGAAGGUAAUGAUGAAAAUAAUCAUGAAAAUGUUUUGAAAGAACAAGAUAGUCGCGCAAGUACGAAAAAUAAGUCCAAAGCUACGCGUAAACGUCCGCAGCGUGAAGUACUCGACGGUAGGCCGUCCUCGUCAAUGACAAUAGAGUCGCAUCCUGAAAUAGAAAAUCAUGAUAAUUUAUGCAGACAAAAAACAUCCUCUAGUGUAAUAUUGAGGAAAAAUUAUUCAGGAGGAACGACUUUGUCAAAACGACGACAACGUGAGAACGCAUCUGAAUCGUCGGGUGCUGAUGGCACUGCUGGUGGUCAAGUUACUGAGGUGACUCGGCAAAAUGACGACUCUUCGCAUCGUGAAGCCGCUUCCUGCAAGAAGAAAGAUUCUACCAGCAGUCCUAGCAAGAAGAAACAAGCAUUAGUGCGCGCAAGAAGUAAAAAACGAUCACGGAGGAACAGGAGUACGUCGGAAAUGAGUUUUGAUGAUGAAAACUGUAAAAAAGUUAAUGAUGAUGACAGUGACGACGAGAUGGAUUGCCCACUGUCCGAAAGAGUCAUCCCACAACAACAAAUAGUGGUAACAGCGCCAGAGUUACAGCAACGACGAUCUAGUAUUGAGUUUCAGCCUGUUGUCAGGGUAAUGAAAAUAGAGGAUCAGGUUGACAUGGAUCACAAUAUUUUGUCUGUGACUGUUGCCAGUAAUCGACGGCUAAGAAGCUCUGGUUCGCCUAAACACCGUAAUUCAUCACCGCCGGCUAAACGUUACAAGCGCUCUAAAGGCUUCAUUAGCCGGUGGAUUAAAAACAGUUGA